UUGGAUAGACUUGAGAAUACGUCUGAAGCUGGAGAUAGCCAGGAAAAGACAAAUGCUGUUUAUAGAUGUGUGGUAAGGCUGGAGAUAAAAGAUUGUGAAUUCUUCUGUGAAGGUACUGGAUAUGGUGGAGAUAAAAACAUACUGGAACAAGAAAAAGACCCCACCAAGAAGAUUGAAUUGCUAGGGUAUGCAAAGAAGGUUGCUCACAGACACGCUUAUGAAAAUGCAUUCCAAAGAGUUAUUAUUACAAGUUUAGACAAUGGAAAAGUAGGAGUGGAAAUAAAUCUGCAAGAUAUCCCAGAGUGCAGUCUUGAUGAAUCAGGAGAUCUAGAGGAAGGAAUAGUUCAAGUUAAUUAUUUGCAAGAAAUGCUUUUCAGUGAUUCAGAGGAAGAAGACAACUCAGAGGUUGAAUUUCAGGACACAAGUGGCACCCUACUUGAUUCUCAUGUUACUGAUGGUUCAAGCUGAAACUAUGUACUUUUCAGUCAAUGUCAUCAACCCUUACAACCAUGUAACUCCCACGAGUGACCGAGACUGACUUUCUCCUAAAAAGAUCAAUAAAAUUUCUGGCAGGAAAGUGAUGAGAAUAAAGAAAAAUGUCAAUAAGGGGAUUAUUUGUUGAUGCAAUACCAA